AUGAGAGGCGUCCAAGUCUUCUCUGGCCGGUCUCAUCCGAGCCUCGUCGAAUCCAUCUGUCAACGGCUGGGUGCCUCGCCCGCCAAAUGUGACUUGGGAAACUUCGCCAAUGGCGAGAUCAGUGUUCAGAUUGGGACGUCGGUCAGGAACGAGGAUGUCUUCAUCGUCCAGAGCGGCAGUCCUCACAUCAACGACAGCGUAAUGGAAAUGCUCAUCAUGAUCGCGGCGUGCAAAGGAGGCUCGGCCAAGUCAAUUACCGCGGUGAUGCCCUACUUCCCUUACUCUCGCCAGUCUAAGAAGAAGAGCCACCGAGGCGCCAUCACCGCCAAAAUGAUAGCCAACCUCAUGGUCGUCGCGGGUGUGGACCACAUCAUCACCGUCGAUCUACAUGCCUCCCAAAUGGUAGGCUUCUUUGGCAAGCCGGUAGACAAUCUGUACGCCGAGCCGAUCAUUGCCCGGUGGAUCAAGAACAAUGUCCCCUGCUGGCAGGAGGCGGUUGUGGUGAGCAAGAAUGUCGGCGGCACCAAACGAGUCACCUCUCUUGCCGAUGCGCUCAAGUUGAGCUUUGCACUUGUCUCGACGGACAAAGAUCGAUCCCGAACGUCCCAUCAUCCAAACAACAUGAUGGACAGCGUCAUCUUCUUCGACGCCAUUGAGCCCCAGUCCAUCCGCAUCCGGGAGCGCCUCGCCGACGCCGAGGUCGAUGACGGUCAUGACGCUGAUACUGAAUCCGAUAAGCUACAGGAGUUCGAGCGCCGGAGUGAAUUUGUUCACCGCGGCCGAAAUUCCACCGCGAACGGCGCCAACCGUCCUGGCAGACCCAAGGCGGUCACCAUCGUGUCCAGCCCCCUGGUCCAAACCACGAGAGUCGAGUCAUCAUCCCCUCCUGCGUCUCCAACUCGGUUGAGUCGUAUUGACACCACACCGAGCGCACGUCGUCCUUCUGAAUAUGAAGCUAGCGAAGCACAUAAUGAUGAACGAGCUCGUGAAGUCAUUAUAGGUCGCCUGGUCCAAGGGCAUCUGGUCAACGAUGAUCAUCCGUCUCCAGCACUAUCCGGUAUAUCUGCUUCGAAUUCAGGGCUCCCCAGCGAUCGAAACUUGCAGGAUGACAACCAUGCCUACGACCCAAUGACCUCUUCGUUUAUCUCCAACGCAUCGUCGUAUCAACCCGAGCAUGCCCUUGGCGGAACCUUCGACGCCGUUGCCACGUCUGACGAGGAGGAGGAUGGUAUCAAGAACCCGGACCUUGAACACACCAUUACUCUAGUCGGCAACGUGAGAGGUCGGACCGUCUUGUUGAUGGAUGACAUCUUAGAUAGAGCUGGGUCCUGGAUUGCAGCUGCAGAAACAUGCGUCAAGAUUGGACGGGCCAAGAAGGUGUACUGCAUUGCCAUCCAUGCGUUGUUCGGCGACGAUUCCCUCGAAGAGCUGGAGGCUUGUGAUAGCAUCGACCAUAUCGUCGUGACAAAUACCUUCCCAAUAAAUCCGGAGCGACUCAGGGCGUCCAAGAAGCUGAUUGUCAUCGAUCUGUCGAAUCUCCUAGCUGAAGCUAUCCGUCGCAAUCAUCAUGGAGGUAAGUGCAAGCCACUGGCCUGCGCCGUGCAUUCCACCUAA